AUGGCAUGCCCGUUUGGUUCAACAGUGUCUCCUCCCACUCGAGUUUGCCAGGCUGGAGAACAGACCCAAGAGCUGACCGUAUCGGGAAAUCGAGUGAUCGGUACUCAGGUAGUAUUUCGUGUCACAAAUGCUAGAGGACAGCAGCGAAAUACGUCAUCGCAACAGGGAGGCAUCGAAUCUGCAGAGCCAACGUUCCAUUCCCGCAGACCCCACCAGAAGUCGAGGACUGGCUGCUCCAAUUGCAAGAAACGAAGGAUUAAGUGUGAUGAGACCAAGCCAGGCUGCAGAAAAUGCGGCGCCUAUGGCAUAUCCUGUGACUAUUUGGCAGUACAAUCCCGGCCAAAGCCUAGAAAUGUGUUCUCAUUCGCGGACAAAUGUUCUCAAUCUCCUAAGAUUGAUAAUGCCGCAUUUUCAUUCGCAUUAACAGAACUUGCGGAUAAAAUAGAUUCAGCACUGCGACUUGCGCCUAAUAUUGAAGAUGACCUCAAGACUAUCGCGCCAAAGCCGGCCAAUCGUGAUUCCGUUGAAGCUCUCCAUCACUUUCUGGUACUUUCCUCAGAAGACAAUGCACUCAGCGCCGCCGGCAAAGAUGUGAUAAACGGGGCAAUGUUGCGUAUUGCAUUUCAGAUUCCAUAUCUCAUGCAUGCGAUCCUGGGGGCUGCUACAUCUAGCCACAGACGGCUAAUGCCCUGGAAGUCAUCGAUCAAAAUAGCCGAAAGCUAUCAUUGGCACCGUGCAAUCGUAUUAUAUCAAAAAGAGCUAUCUACUCCGAUUGGCGUGCAUAAUAUGGACGGUCUCAUGUCAACCUGUAUGCUCAUGGGUCUUUUCUCCUCCGACUCGAAAGCCUUAAACUGGCUUCUCCUACAAUCGGGACUUAGGCACCUUCUUAAAUUCACGAGCCCCUACUUGCCUCACAGCAUUUGGUUUGAUGUCUUCAUGGAAUCCAAUGACCCAAUAUUCGAAAACCGCCAAGCUGGUGCUGAAGGCAUCCAUCCGGGUCUGGCUGAGCUAUGUGAAAUCGACGAGACAACAACCGAGGAAACAAAUCCCUAUCAUUGGCCACUUCGUAUGCUUAGUCCGUUGCUUGAGCUGGAGCCCCCUAGAGCAAAUUUUAUGAAACUCACAGCAUUCAUGGGAAGGCUACUACCAGAUUAUACUUCGCUACUGGAAAAGAAGGAUCCUAGGGCAGUUCUCAUCUUGGGCUACUGGCUGGCAAAGAAAUGUCAAGAAAACCACUGGUGGAUGCAUCCAAGAGUUCACGCCGAAUGCACGGCUGUAUGCAUGUUCUUAGAAAACUGUCCGGACCCUCGAAUUCUCAAGCUGCUAGAAUACCCAGCUGAACACUGUGGAUACCUUCUGAAGCAUGUCCGAGAAUAGGCGAUUUUUGAAGCCAACAUCGACUUUCUCUGCCUCUUCUGAGAGAGUCCACAUGUAAAUGUCGUCCUUCCUCCCAUAUCCUCGGAAAAAUACCCGUUUACGUUCCUUUCAGCCCUCUGAUGCAUAUAAUAUAGUACCGUUGCGUUCAUCGCAGACGAUGUUACGAACUAGCAUUUCCUGGGUUUCCUAACGCCGCCUCUUGUGCUCAGCAAUCAGUCCGGCUAUGAAACCCCUAGGAACCAUUGUCAGCCAGCUUUCGGAUCAACAUUUCUACACACCCUGACAACUCCUGAUGAUACAUAAUUCCUUUUAGUACAGCUAUUUAUAGAAAUUUUAUUGGAGGAAAUUCCUGUUUUAUUCUCUCUCUUCUUAAUUCUUGAGUAUGGCUGCUUAUUCUCGACUGCUUAAUUUAUUUAUACCCUGCAAUACCUGCUCAAUGAUUCAUGCAACGAGGAUUUUUCGGCGAUAAAGCAUGAUAUCUUGGACUCAGGAAAUCCUAGGACCUAGUUAUUCUCUUACAUACAAUUCAUUUUAGGGUAUAUAUCUUUUUAACGUUGAUUGGAUAUUUUUUUGGAACACGUAUGAGAGCAACUUUUAUUUAUUUUAUGAAUAUAUAAAACAUCCAUCAAACUCCGUGCCUCCCGAAAGAUCGAUAUGAAAGAAAGCAAGUACGGCGAACAAGCAAGCAAGAUCGCGCACACACUAUGGUUCAAUGAAUGCACGGCGCGAGGCACUUCAUCAGGCAUAAUGCAUAACAUUUUGAAAAAACAUAAUGGACGGUGUUUAACUAGCUGAGGUUUGUGGAAUGCGGAUGUGAUUGAAUGAAUGAAGAGGACGGGGAAGUAAAACAAAUGCCAACAAAAAGCGGCAACAGAGCAAGGCAAAAAAAUAUUGGUGCAAGAGAGGCUUUUAGUGAAGAUUUAAGACACCUUAUUUUGGUUAUCUUUCUGUAUUUCCUUCCUUUUUUUCCCUUUCGUGAUGUUUGGGGAUGAAACAACAAACACGAAAAAAACAGGGCCAAGAAAAGUCGUCAACACGAAACAUAACUUGUCAAAAUAAACAAAACUUGCAACGUAAAAACCAUGGAAAGGAGGGCAAAACAUUCCAACCGUCGUCAAGAGAAAUCAAGGAAAUUCAUCAGCACACCAAAAACAGGAAAUAAAAAAACUGAAGAUAUCCUUAUAUAGUAGAAUGUCUCGGCUUUGAAAUCACCCAUUCCUCCCAGAGCUUCCUCUGCCGGUACUCCACAUUGAUUCCAUUAUCUUCAAGGUCAUCGGCAGAUAUCAACGUCAGCGGCGUUGUCCAGUGUGAACAGGGUGAUAUCAAAGAGAAAGCCGUAUCAGGCGAAAGUUCAAUUUGAUUUGCUCUGGGUCCAUUGUCAUCAUUAUGCGAGCUCAAUCCGUCCGAUUCAUCACCGAUGCUUUCAUAGUCGUCGUUGUCACCGUUGGUGUCAGGAUCAUACCUGUCAAAAAAGUCGUCAUCCUCGCUGUCAGAAUUAGGGAAUGACUGGAUAUCUGAUAUAUCGGCGCUGGUAGCCCACUUCUCGUCGAAAGCAUUCGAAUAAUCGAUCCGUCGCAGGCUGACCCACUCCAAAUUAUCCAUCUCCUCACGCAACAUGGAAAGGACAUCUUUCCACAGGCUUCCUUCUUUGAGAAGGACGUCUCGUAAACGAAGACCGCGGAGCGUUCGGCGGUGGCGGCGUGCGAAGUCGAUAAUUUCUUCCGCAUCCAGGCGCCAGGCUUGGAUGCCGAAUGCGCGCAGCCUCUCCCAGUAUACGUUAUGGAAUAUAUCUUCGAGCUGGAGAUCUAGUGGUAUCCGCGAUGGAAAACCUAAAUGCACAGCUUCCAUAUUUUUGGCUGCCAUGAAUAAAGUAUGAAAUACUUCUGAUAAUUCUCGCAUCUCUGCAUUAACGUAUCUUAUCGCAUCGAAGUGAAUUUCCAAACAAGUCAGCUUGACAGCAAGCGCGGAAACCAUAUCGAUUGGGGCUCGUUUUAACGUGAGAGCUGCUUGAGGAUUUAUCUGGGGGCCGGAGAAUCGGUUGACAGGGGGCUGAGAUUCGAGAAGAGCUAUUGCGAGAGUCUGCACUGCAUGGGAGCAUGCCGGUUUCCAAUCCAAUGAUACUAAUGGAUCAAGCGGAUUAUCGUGUCGCUCGAUGAAUUGUAAAAGCUCCCGCUCCAUGUCAUCCUGCACCUUCAAAAUCUUUAUAUGUUGAAGCGAUUUGAAUGCCCGCAUGGCCCGUUUCAGGGAAGCGAAAUCUUCACCCGAGCUGACUAAACGUUUCUGCUCUUCUAGUCGACGAUGAUGUUCGGAAAUCUUUAAUUUACUGGAAUCCGCCGUUAAGAAAAGUUCACUGAGCUUGUCUCGAUCUAAAAAUAAAACCGAAGGGCAGAAAAGGAGAUAGAGCGUUAGACACACCAUGUCUGAAGAAGAAAUUGGAAAGAAAAUGAGGGAGCAAGGAAGCAGCACGGGGAGAUUAGGAAUUAUGAACAACCUUCAACGUAAAACGACCGAAUAAUAUACGUGAAAUUUCUCGAAUGCCUUGCCAAAUGUGGGGAGCUUGACAACAUAUCCAACUUCCGAAAUGCGCUUUCAGAAAACCGCACCACGACCCGGCUAAAUUUAUAGGAGGCGCCUAGGUCUGCAAACCGUUUGCACACCUCUCUGAAGCGGUCGAUGUCCGUCCUAUAGUCUUCCUGGAAGCCAUUCUUAGGAUCAUAAAUGAGAGGUGUUGGCUCUGGUGGGCUGGGGCGCUUGAAACUCUCAAUCGAGAGGUACGCACGACGGUCGACGCUGACGCAUUUCUCAGGGUCCCGGGCCAAAUGGUCCAAUAUUUCUCUUAACAGCUCAUUUGAAAGGCCCAAAAUACCGCGUGGUUCGUCCAUCGCUUGGCUUUGAGAAGCCGAUGACGGCUUUUUUGCCGCUUCAAAUUCUUGGUCGACAGAUUCCUCAUGGAAUAGCCGCAAUCGCGGGGAAAGAAACGAGAAAAAGGAAAAGAACCAACUGAGGAUGAGAGUAGCCAGGUUGGCGAAUUGUUCCGGCGAAAGCUGGUAACGGAGGGGUAAUUGAGGGGCUAGCGGGUGGGCA